AUCAUGGUUUGUGUUGCUUUCAAAGCCACCAAGCCAGGGAGCUCAUGGAGAAAAUGGCUGGGAGUCAAACUGUCCAAUUCUGUAGUCUUGUUCUGCUCAUCCAUUCAAAUAAUCAUCUGCAUGACUUGGUUGGCCAUUUCUCCUCCCUUUCAGGAACUGGACAUUCACACUUCCCCUGGAACCAUCAUCAUUCAGUGCAAUGAGGGCUCAGCUAUUGGCUUUUACUCAGUUAUUGGGUAUAUGGGGCUUCUGGCAGCUGUUAGUUUUGUUUUAGCAUUUUUAGCUCGGAGCUUACCGGACAGUUUUAAUGAGGCCAAGUACAUCACUUUCAGCAUGCUGCUCUUCUGCAGUGUUUGGAUCACAAUGAUCCCGGCCUAUCUGAGCACCAAAGGCAAAAACACUGUGUGUGUGGAGAUAUUUGCCAUACUCACCUCAAGCGCGGGGCUUUUAGCCUGUAUAUUUCUGCCCAAAUGUUACAUCAUUUUGUUAAGACCUGAAAUGAAUACAAAAAACAAUUUACUUUACAAAGACUAA